CCAGAUCUGAGUAGACAUCAACAGCAGCAGCAGGGUCAGGGUCAGGGACAGGGAAGCGGUGGUGAGGGUGCUUCUGCCACCUCUAGUACACAAGGAGGAGGAGGAGGAGGAAGUGGGGGCGGCGGGAGUCCGGGGGGCCGCAAGUCCACAACGGGAGCAGCGGCAGGGGCAGCGGCAGGAGCAGCACCAGGAGCAGGGGUGGCAGCAGGGGCUGCUGGUUGCUCUGGUCAGAGUGAGGCGCUGGCGGCCAGGCUGAGGUCCGCCCUCCGGGAGCUCCGGAGCACUCCGCUGCACGACCGCAUGAUUGAUGAGGUGUACGAGUCGCUGGCGCUGCAGCAGGAGACGCACCGCCUGUGGACGCAGCUGAGCAAGGUCCUGCGUGCCAGCUCGCUGCUCCGCUCCGCGCUGCUGCCCGAGAGCCUGGACGUGCUGCGGGCGCAGUAUCGGCAGCUGGGCCAGCAGGCGAAGGAGGCUGCGGAGGUGGUACGGCGGCUGGAGGCGGUUGAGGAGGAGCUGGCGGCACUGGAGGAGCAGCUGGGGAGGAGCGGUCGGGAGGUGGUGAUGGAUUUCGUGUCGGAGCUGUCACUCUUCAAACGGGCGACAACACGCGCCGCCACCAACUAACAAGGCGGAGGCAGCAGCAACACCCGGGGGUCAGCGGAGGCCACCCGGGAGGGGCCAGCAGGAGCCGCAUCCUGACCGUAUAGGAGUGCUGCGGGGCUGUGAUGCCGCUCCAUUCAAACAUGUAGGCUUGUACAACGUACACUAGGGAGGAGCUGCCAACUUACCCUCCUAGAUUGCCUGUUGCCUGGUAGACCAGGGGCUGUAGGCCUGCAAGGAAGCAUAACGCAAAGAGAAAACUGCUGCAGCUGCAGCUGCAAAGAAUGCGGCAAGCAAAUAAAAGGGACCUGCUGCAGUGGCUGCUGGCCCUACUUGGGGAAUUGAACUAGCUAGAUAGCUACGUUGGCAGCUUGCGAUGGGACAACCCUGUGUUGGUGUCAUAUGUCGGUACUGGAGUUCUUGAGCAAACCACGUUGUUCCCUUGUUGGGUUGCUGGACUACCCCCGAGUGCCGGUUAAAGUGCCGCUAGUAUGGUAAGCUGCUGAAGAGUGCAGUCCAUGAAGCCCGACCUAGCGUGUGAACUUCCCUCCUGGAAGCGCGCGGUUAACUGCUGGAGGUGGUUGGUAAUCGUACGCACACUGCAUUAGAGCAGUACGAAAUUCAUCCAUUAUCACGCCGCAUCCAUUUGUACCGGUAUGUCCCGCCCCAAGGGGGAGUGGGGGCGUGUGACGUGUCAUGUGUGUGGGUGUGGGUGUCAGCACCAGUGUGUGGGGGGGUUCGACGGUGGUGAAGGUGACCGGCAGCAGCCACCAUGCUGCCGUACCGCCGUACGUAAUUGGCUUCAUUCCUGCGUCCGAAGGGCAUAACAGUGGGCCCCCCCAACCGUGCCUGCUUUCCGAUUGUCGGUACCGGUAUAGUGUAGCACUUGUGGUGUAGCGAGAAGGACACGUAUCAGAUAGUUAACAUGUAUUGUAAUAUCGGUAAAUUGCUAGGAUAGAAGGGUGCUACUUCGUAGGGUUUCUCGUGCCGGUCGCUUACUGCAAUAGUAGUAUACCGUAUUUAAAGUACUCUAGUUCUGCAUGUGAAUGCAUCCCACACCCACUGCAGUCGGUAGUCUUGCUGUUGGGCAGUGGUGGUUGUGUUGUGUUGUGGAGGCCGACACUGCUAGCUAGCAUCUAGGGUACCGUUAUCUGUUAGCUCGGGCGGUGUCUUUCGUGGGUGCGGUGUAUGUGUGUUGCGGUGUUAAGAAAACUGGCCGCGAGUCGGAACUUACUGUGAUUGCUGUGCGUGAGAAAGAACGAAAAGGCGCUCUGUCUUCACUGUCCUGUGUCGGAGCAGUGGGCUGCCAUAGCAGUUUUAACUUGUAAGCCACCUGAACCGGC